AUGAAACACCAAGCAAGAGAACAGAUUGAAGAAAGGCGACCUAGUUUAGUGUCUGCACUGAAACAAGUCGGAGAUUUCUAUAUGCAAAUAAAAUGGGACUUUCAAAGUUGGGUGCCAUUAGUUUCUCGAGUUCUACCCUCAGAUCUUUGUCAGAUUCAUAAAAGAGGCACAUCUUUUAGAUUGGAUACAACAUUAGUAGAUUUUGCUAUGAAUGAUAUGAAAUGGGAACGUGGGGAAAUCACAUUUUUGUUUGAUGGUGAUGCUAAACCUCCACAUUCUCUUAUUGUCAUGGACAAUAAAGCUGGUGUUUACCAAAGAGUCAGAUAUUUAGAAACUGAAUCAGAGAUUGAAGAUGAAGUUGAUUUAAUGAUGAGUACUGAUAUAGUUACUGCGCAAAUGUCUACGAAAUCAAUAACAUUUUCUCGAGCCCAAUCGGGAUGGAUAUUUCGACAAGACAGAAAAGAAACCAUUGGAGAUUUUAAUGCAGAUUUUUAUCAUAUAAAUGGAUUAACAUUAGAACAGAAAAAACGAAGGGAACACUUAUCCGAAGAAGAUCUACAAAAAAAUAAAGCAAUCAUUGAGAGUUUAACCAAAGGAGGAUGUGCUAUUAGCAUUGAUUGCAACGGGGAACCUGUAAGACGAGAAUCACUCCUUCCUCCCAUGCCUGCAAUGUGCACAUGGAAAGAGUAUUUUACAUCUCCAGCAGGACAACAUCCAGCUCUAGCGAGAGAAAUGGUUUUUAAAAACACAACAAGAGGAUUUAAAGCAACAGUUGCUAUGAGUAUGGAUUUCCCUCUAUCUGUUGCUAUGCUAAUGGAUGUACUUGAGGUUACUGCUCCAUUUAAACAUUUUGCUAAACUACGUGAUUUUGUGAAUUUAAAACUACCACCAGGGUUUCCAGUCAAAUUAGAUAUUCCAAUACUGCCAACAGUGUCUGCUAAGAUCACAUUCCAGGCUUUUGAGUUUCGAGAUGAUAUAGAUUCUAAACUUUUUGAAGUACCUGCGAAUUAUGUUGAAGAUCCAUCAAGGUUUCCAGAUUUAUGA